AUGCAAUUGAUUUAUAUUAAACUUGAUCUUUUGUAUGUUUCUCAUAUAGCUUUAGAGGGUCAAGUUCAAAGAGGUGAAUUCAUUGCUAAGGGUCGAGAUGAUAUCUUAGCCAAAGCAAUGCAUAAGCGUGAGCAUGGUGGUUCAGUGAGAGCUGUUGGUUCAGGCAUUACGGUGAAGGAUUAUUUUGGUUAUAACAAACCUGCUCCACCCAGCCAAUUACAUGCUGAAAUAGGCAUGAUGAAAUCAAAACUUGUAUCCAUGGAUAAUAGACAAAAUUUUAUGAUGUCCUUCUUGAUGUCAUGUUGCAGCCAAGAGCAAAUAAAAUCUUUCAUGGCAGUUGGAGCUCAACAGGUUGGUGUAGGUGGAUUAUUUGGAGGCAACAAUACUUCUGGUAGUUUGAAUGCUGGGUUUGGUGGCCUGACAGCUGGGUGUAAUGGCCUGACAGCUGGGCUACAUGGGUUUUGUGGCCUGACAGGUGGGUUAGGUGGUUUUAGUGGCUUGACAUGUAGCUUGGCUGGUGGGUCUAGUGGCCUGGGUGUUGGCUUGACAGGUGGGUUUGGUGGCCUGACAGGUGGGUUUGGUGGCCAGGCUAGUGGGUCUAAUGGCCCGGAGGGUGGGUCUAGUGGUCUGGCAGGUGGGCUGGAGGGUGGGUCUAGUGGUCUGGCAGGUGAUGGGUCACGUGCUUCCCAAUUGGAUGAUACUUUUGGUCAGGGGCUUCAAGGGGCUGAUAUUUAUGGUACACAAGGUAAUAGAGAAGAAGAUAUUGGCCAGAUAGAUAAUAUGGUCCUCAUCAACGGUCCAUGGAAACCGGAAGUAGGAACAUAGUUGUGACUCCGUCAAUUUGUGAUCAUUAUUGAAGAGUUAAUUGGAAGGUCAAAGUCCUUGACGACUCACCACUUGGUUCUCAAACUACUUCAAGGGAUGAUAGAAAUUCAAAGGUCACCCUAGCAUAAGUAGGGGCGCUCAAAUCCAAAAACUCUAAGAGACCGAGGUUCUUGGCAAGGUAGCGAACAUCAUCAUCAAUUUUGAGAAACUUGGUUGUUGUUUGAUCGUAGAAUCUUGUUGACUUGAGCUUCCGCUUGAUAGGUGCUUGAAUCGAUCCCAAUGUAAUUCCUUAGAGAAUUCAAUGUCGUUUGUUUCUUCCACCUCGGGAGGAGGUGGAAAAACAUGCCUAGCUUUGCUUGAACUUGAUCUUGCCCGCUUCUUUUAGCGGAUUGGAGCCAUCUACAAGAAGCAAAGCAAAUCAUGAGAAAGUCAUUUACAAUUAUCAUUAUUCAAGAAUAAGCAUAAGAAACUGCUCAAGAAUCAAGCACAAAUGCAAUUUACUCAAAAAUGAAGCAAGAAAUGGUUACAUAUGAACAAUACCAUCAAUAUAGAAACAUAUGUGUGAGGCAAAUAGGCAUGAGUUAAAGGCAAAAUUGAACACAAGAGACCAAAUUAUGAAUCAAUUUGACCAAAAUAAUCUCAAAAUAUUGAAUCAUCAAAGAAAUAAAGCUAUCAUAAAGAAUACCCAUGAGAGAGAAAAUGACCAACAAUGGUGAUUCAAGUAUUCAAACAAGGUAAACAAAUUCAACAAGAAAAAGCUUCAAUUCAACAUCCAAUAACAUCAUUCAACACAAAUUACAAGUUUAAACAUUGAAUCAUCUAACAAUGGAUUUCUACCAUGAAAGAAAAAACAAGGGUUUCAAGCUUCAAAAAUGAGGAAGAAGAUUACAAGAAAGUGAGAAACUAUACCUCAAUGAAGCAUUGAAUUACUUGCAAAUUACACAAACUGAAGAUUAAAGAACAAUAAGAACACUUAAAGACAAGUUCCAAGCACCAACAUAAACCCUCAAAAAUUCGAAUGAAGACUAAAUUUUAGAAGUUAAAAUCGAAAAUUUCAGAUUUUUUUUUUUUUUUUUUUGAAAGAUUUGAUUGUGGUUAAUGUAAAAUUUUGAUGAAUUGAAAAUAAAAGGAUGAAUUUGCUUGAAUUUGCAAAGGAAUUGAAGGGGUUUGAAGAGAGAUAAGAGAGUAGAGGAAUGAAGGGGAAGUCGGGGAGAGAGAAAAGGAGUGAAUAAGGGGGGGAGGGGUUUGUGAAUAAAAGGGCAUGAAAAGGGGGUUGAUAGCUGUUGCGACUGGUGCAGCUAGGGGGUGCGUGCGCACCAGCUGCAACAGGGGGGGCUUUGCUUGGGCUUGCAAUGCACCAAAAACCACCAAAAUCUCUAACCCCUGUGGUGCACACACGUAAGUAGGAGGCGCCUGCGCACCAGGGGGUGAUUGGGGGGUUCUAAAUUCAUCAAAAUUUCAUCAAAAAAGGGGCCAAAAUUUCUAAACCCCGUGGUGCGUGAGCGCAACUCAUGAUGCGUGCGCACCACAUAAAGGCUAGGGGGGGAAAUAUUUUCCCUUGAAUAUGCUCUCGUGCUUGCGCUCUCAUCAGCGCUAACGAACGUCAUGAUCAAGUGCUUAAAAAUUUCACAAAAAUAGUUCAAAACUCACUGGAAAAAUGAGUAGAAAAACAAUGAAAAUGCAAACACGAGAGCAUAUAACCCCUACAAACUCCUUCACCUAAGUUUAACCAAACCUCAUGAGACCUUGAAUUAACACCGAAAUUGUUGGAAAUUUUCUUCGAUCCAAUCUCAUGGUACCUAAAAUUAAGAAAACAAAGAAAAAUAAGAAAAGUUCUCAAGGAUAAAAUAAAUAUAGAGAAUUGAAAAAUCAAAAGAAAAAGGUUAGAAAAUUGGGUUGCCUCCCGAGUAGCGCUUGUUUAACGUCAUAGCUCGACGUCCUCCACUAAUUAAGGUGGUUAUUGGAAAAGCAAUAUGUGAAUAAGGCCAACAAAAGCACCAUCGAAAUACUUCUUGAGUCGAUGGCCAUUGACCUUAAACGGAGACAAAGAAUCCAUCAUUGAAACCUCUAUAACAUCACUAGGAAAGACAUUCUUAACCAAAUAGGGACCGUUCCAUCUUGACAUCAGCUCUCCGGGAAGCAACUUCAUUUUUAAAUUGUAGAGAAGAACUUUGUCACCAACACAAAACUUUUUCUUCUCAAUAAGCUUGUCAUGAGUUUCCUUGGAACGAGCUUUGUAAACACUAGCACAAUCGUAAGCAUCAAGUCGAAGCUCCUCUAGCUCAUGAAGAUCUAACUACCUUUUCUCCCCCCGCACUUGCCAAAUCAAAGUUUAUCUUCUUGAUUGCCUACAAAGCACGAUGUUCAAGCUCAACUGGGAAAUGGAAUGAUUUGACAUAGACUAGGCGGUAUGGAGUGGUACCUAUAGGUGUCUUGAAAUCCGUUCUAUAGGCUCAAAGAGCAUCAUCCAAAUUUUCCGACCAAUC